CCGGAUCUCAGCCGCUCCGCUCCUUGUCGGACCCCCGAGGCACGUCCAGGCCCCCCAGGAUGUCGCAGCUGGUGGAGUGCGUCCCCAACUUCUCUGAGGGGAACGACCGAGAGGUCAUCGAUGCGAUCGCCGGGGCCAUCUCCCAGACGUCAGGCUGCGUCUUGCUGGAUGUGGACGCGGGCCCUUCCACCAACCGAACCGUGUACACCUUCGUGGGCCCCCCGGAAGACGUCGUGGAGGGGGCCUUGAAGGCCGCUCGAGUGGCCUUCCAGCUCAUUGACAUGAGCAGACACAAAGGUGAACAUCCCCGAAUGGGCGCCCUCGACGUCUGCCCCUUCAUCCCAGUGAAGAAUGUCACGAUGGACGAGUGUGUUUUGUGUGCUCACGCCUUUGGCCAGCGACUGGCGCAGGAGCUCGGGGUGCCAGUUUAUUUGUAUGGAGAAGCGGCUCAGCAGGAACAAAGGAGGACAUUGCCUGCCAUCCGAGCAGGCGAAUAUGAAGCUCUGCCUGAAAAACUCAAGAAGGCUGAGUGGGCUCCUGAUUUUGGUCCCAGCACCUUUGUGCCCAGCUGGGGAGCCACAGUUACCGGGGCUCGGAAGUUCCUCAUCGCAUUCAAUAUCAACCUUAUCUGUACCAAGGAGCAGGCCCAUCGGAUUGCCCUGAAUAUCCGAGAGCAGGGACGGGGGAAGGACCAGCCUGGGCGGCUGAGGAAGGUUCAGGGCAUAGGCUGGUACCUGGAUGAGAAGAACAUUGCCCAGGUGUCUACCAACCUUCUGGAUUUCGAAAUCACUGCCCUCCACACUGUGUAUGAAGAGACCUGCAAAGAUGCCCAGGAGCUGAACCUGCCGGUUGUGGGCUCUCAGCUGGUGGGCCUGGUUCCUCUGAAGGCCCUGCUCGAUGCGGCAGAGUUUUACUGCAAGGAGGAAAGCCUCUUCAUUCUGGAGGAGGAGCACAAAAUCCGACUGGUGGUGAAUCGAUUGGGCCUGGACUCCUUGGCCCCCUUUCAUCCAAAGGAGCGCAUUAUUGAGUACAUGGUACAGGAUGGUGCCGCGAGCGGGAGCCUGGUCUCCAAGUCGCUUUGUGCUUUUGUCCAUGAUGUCGGGGCCCGUUCUGCAGCUCCUGGGGGUGGCUCUGUGGCCGCAGCUGUGGCCGCCAUGGGGGCAGCGCUGGGCUCCAUGGUGGGGCUGAUGACCUAUGGCAAGCGGCAGUUUGAGCACCUGGACCCAACCAUGAGGAGGCUCAUCCCUCCUUUUCAUCAAGCAAUGAAAGAGCUGCUGGUGAUGGUGGACACGGACUCAGAGGCCUUCAAUGGCUACAUGGAAGCGAUGAAGAUGCCCAAAAACACGCCCGAGGAGAAGGAAAGGCGCUCGGCCGCCAUGCAGGAAGGGCUCAAAAAGGCCGUCGGCGUCCCCUUGGGUCUGGCGCAGAAGGUGAACGCCCUGUGGCCCAGUGUGAAGGAGAUGGCGCGCCAUGGGAACUUCUCGUGCAAAUCGGACCUGCAGGUGGCGGCCAAGGCGCUGGAGACGGGCGUUUGGGGCGCCUACUUCAAUGUCCUCAUCAACCUAAAGGACGUCAGUGAUGAACGCUUUCGGGCCCAGAUGCUCGCAAGCAUUUCUCACCUCCUGGAGGAGGCUCAGAGCAGCGCUGCCUCCGUGCUGGAGUCCCUGGCGGCCCGGACAGAGUGAGAGCCGAGGGCGAGGGCGCCCCCCGCCAGCCACGAAGCCCUGGCCCUGCUCGGGGACGCGCCCAUGCCAGGGGAGGGGGCAGGGCUCAAAAAUAAAGGGGCUCCCCGAGCGCCGCCCUGGAA